GGCAGCCUCCACAAACACGUUGUUCAAACCGUUUUCAGUCAGUAUUAAGAAUUAGCUGUAAUGAAUGUCGGAAAGAAGCAGUUGUUGACUUGGUGUGUACUGACGAAGAUCAGGCACACGCAUCGUUUCAGACAUGGUUAUAGUAACCGCAAAGCCCUUGUGAACACAACCACAGAAGACAAUCAGUAUGAGCGGUUGGCGUAUUGUGUUACACCAUUCUACAGGAAACCUUAUGACGCUCAACUCAAGAUAAAGGAAACCAUUUUGAAAACAUCUCUCCAGAAAGUUAUCAAUAUUGUUCGUCACACUCGGAAAGCACAGUACUCCCCUGCAGUUAAAAAACUGGAUGAAGAAAAUGAUGGGCAGUUCUGUUCGCUUGUUGGAGUUAAACCAGCGCCAGAAAUAUAUGGCUACCGUAACAAGGAUGAGAUGAGUAUUGGCCCUGAUGUGACUGGUAACAACAGAGUUGUGGGCCUUUACGUUGGCAAGGGACGCAGUGGGAAAGUGGUGUGUGUAAGUCCCAAGCAUCUCGUCAUCAUGAAGAAAAAACAUGUUGAUAUCAUCAGUGCAUACCAGGACUUCCUUGACCAGUCAUCCUAUGUGAAGUAUGGGAGGUCAAGCACGAUGGGGUACUGGGACAGUCUGGUCAUCCGGUCAAGCCAGCAGCUGGACACCAUGGUGACUGUCAUGUUCAGGGCAAGACAGAAGUCAGUGGAUGACUAUCAAGAGGCAAGAGAGGAACUCUGCCAAUUCUUCCAACAAGGUCCAGGUAGCCACCUAGGGGUGACAUCACUCUACUUCCGACCAAGUUUCCAUAGUUACUGGAGCUACAGCACAGCACAUCAUGUGAUGGGGUCGCGGCACAUCUACGAGGAGGUUCUGGCUCACAAGUUCCGGAUCUCACCUGACUCAUUCUUCCAGACAAACACUCCAGCUGCGGAGGUGCUGUACUCCACCAUCAGGGACUACGUGAAGCAGUCGGGUGCUGCCACAGUCAUUGAUGUGUGCUGCGGGACAGGAACUAUUGGUAUCCUCAUGGCAGACCUUGUAGAUGAUAUUAUUGGCAUUGAGAUUGUGAAACAAGCAACUGAAGAUGCUUUGUUUAAUGCCGAAAACAAUGGGGUGACGAAUGCUGAGUUUGUGUGCAGCAAGGCCCAUCGCUUCCUCCGGGAUGAACUGCCACAGUGGAAGAAGUCGGGAUCAACCAUGGCUGUUAUCAACCCGGGCAGAAAUGGCAUCAACAAGAAGGUAGUGAAUGCCUUAAGACAGUGUAAGGAGAUCCACCACCUCAUCUAUGUCUCCUGCAAACCAUCUGGAAAUGUUCUUGUCAACUUUGCAGAUCUGAUUGUGCCAAUGAGUCACAAGCUUGAAGGGGAGCCAUUUGUACCAGUAGAGGCAGUUGGUGUAGAUAUGUUCCCUCACACAAAGCACUGUGAACUGGUUGUCAUGUUCAACAGGUAACCUGGGCUGUCAGAUCUUCACCAGACAUCUUUACUGGUACCCAACCAACAGAUGUAUCCAUCCCUGAAACAGCAGCAAUCCCAGUUGGUGCCAAGAAAGGAGGUCAUGUACCUUGAACAGCAGGUAUCCUGAUGGGCACCAAGCAUGUCCCUUGAACGGCGGGUAUCCUGGCAUGUCUGUUGAGUUUCAUACAUCAUGAUUGUUUCUCGUGAAGUGGUUGUAUCCCUGUUCAGAACAGCAGAUCUCCCGAUAGGUACCCCACAGGGGGGGCUAUGUCCCUUGAAUAGCAUAUCUUCUGAUGGGUACUCUGCGAAAGGGUUGUGUCCACCAAAGAGAUCUCCAGAUGUGUACCCUACAGCAGUGUGCGAAAUAGCCACUGGCCUGCCAGGCUGUGGCUAGUAAAAAUCCAGUCAGGCCAGUAAAUCUCCACAGUAACUGGCCUGACUGGUUAGUGAAUUGUUUUGUGGGCUAGUAACUUUCAGGCCUAGCUAGCCCGACUGGCUAAAAACAUUUUGAAACUAUUUCGCACACUGCCUCUCAGGGGAGUUCUGUUCCUUGAAUGGCAUAUAUCCUGAUGGACACUCCUUGAAGUGGUUGUGUGCCAAAUCCAGAUGGUACCAAGCAAGGGUGUUCCUCAUUUAGCAGUGCUCCUGUUCACUGGAGGUUUUAAUACUAUAAACUGUGAUAGUGUUUUUUGCUGUCUUGAAAAAUAUAUAUGAUUUCUAUUCAAGUUCUUUUGUUUCAGAAAAUCCUUUCAAAUGUCGAACAUCAUCCAUGGUAAUAUUUGCAAAUGAGCAACCUGGGGAGGAGUGCUUGUGCUCAAAGGCUGUCAAAUCUGAAUUAAUUUGUGUCACUAGUGAAGAUCCAGGUUGGAAUUGGUUUUCAGCAACCCUUCAGCUUGUCGUAAGAGACGGCUAACGUGACUGGAUGGUCAGACUUACAGACCACUGCCAUAUAGCUGGAAUAUUGCUGAGUGCAGCCUUAAACAACAAACAAACUGAAUUGUGUCAGGAUGGUUGUCAUGUGAUCGAAUCCCAGUUAUGGUGCUUGGUUUACAGGCACCAUAGACAUGAUGAAUGGCUUUUGGCUUGCUUUGUACAUGAGUGAGUGAAUUUGGUUCAAUAAAGCUUUGAAGAGUA